CCCACAACCAUUUUUCCCUCACGUUGCUUCAUUUCGCAUCGCCGCUGCCGCUCAAAACCCUAACCCUGCAAACCCAGUGCCGAAAUGGGUCGCGUGAUCCGUGCCCAACGUAAGGGUGCAGGUUCCGUCUUUAGGUCCCACACACACCACCGGAAAGGCCCGGCCAGAUUUCGCUCCCUCGAUUUCGGCGAGCGCAAUGGCUACCUGAAAGGAGUGGUCACUGAUAUUAUCCACGAUCCUGGUCGCGGCGCGCCGCUUGCUCGUGUGACGUUUCGUCACCCAUUUCGCUACAAGCACCAGAAAGAGCUUUUCGUUGCUGCUGAAGGGAUGUAUUCUGGUCAGUUUGUGUACUGUGGAAAGAAGGCGAAUUUGAUGGUGGGAAAUGUUUUGCCUUUGAGAUCGAUACCUGAGGGAGCUGUUGUCUGUAACGUGGAGCAUCAUGUGGGUGAUAGGGGAGUGUUCGCUAGGUGUUCUGGGGAUUAUGCUAUUGUUAUUAGUCAUAACGCUGAUAAUGGAACUACCAGGAUCAAGCUUCCUUCUGGAGCCAAGAAGAUUGUACCUAGCGGAUGCCGAGCUAUGGUUGGUCAAGUUGCAGGUGGAGGCAGGACUGAGAAGCCUAUGUUGAAGGCAGGAAAUGCAUAUCACAAAUACAGAGUGAAGAGGAACUGCUGGCCCAAGGUUCGUGGUGUUGCUAUGAAUCCUGUGGAGCAUCCCCAUGGUGGUGGUAAUCACCAGCAUAUUGGGCAUGCCAGUACUGUUCGCCGUGAUGCUCCUCCUGGCCAGAAGGUUGGUCUCAUCGCUGCAAGGAGAACUGGUCGUCUUCGAGGACAAGCUGCUGCCACAGCUGCAAAAGCUGACAAGGGCGCAUAAUUUACUAUCUGAAUUUCAAUUUGUUUGUGCUAUUGCUUUAGACAAUUUUGUAAUUGCCGGACCAUGGGGCCUUGAUUUUGAAGUUUGGUAGUCCUUGGGAUAUAUUACAUGCGAUAUUGACAAGUGACUUUUCUCAUAUAGCCAGAUUUUUGUUGGAAAUUUAUAAAUUUAAUGAUUGAAUUUUUUAAUA